CAUGCGAAACAGAACGGCUUCAUAACAAUUAACAAACGCAGCAGCGAAAGCAAGGGGAAGAAGCAAAGAGGUUUCUUUACUGGAACUUGGGUGUUUUUCAAAUUUGGAACUAUACCAUCCACUAAGUAGAUAAUGCCAUGUCUGAUAUUAAAAUAAGUACUAAUAACAAAGGUUCCAAGCGGAACCUACCAUCAUGGACAAGUUCAGGGGAUAACGAGGACAAAAACUGUGCAAAGAAACCAACUUUGGAGGGUAAAGGUGAGAAAUCCAGUGAAGUUGAGACACCCAAGAAGAGAAAAGUACAAACUGAAAAUGGCGGAAAAUCUUCCGCCUCUACCUCUAGUUUGGAAUCCAAAAGCUUCAACAAGCUUCUGGAAGGGGUGGUUUUUGUGCUGUCAGGCUUUGUCAAUCCGGAGCGCAGCAUGUUGCGGUCACGAGCCAUGGAAAUGGGAGCAGAAUAUCAGCCUGACUGGAACUCUGAUUGCACUCUCUUAGUUUGUGCAUUUCCAAAUACUCCAAAGUUUCGACAAGUUGAAGCUGAUGGUGGAACCAUUGUGUCAAAGGAUUGGAUAAUAGAGUGUUACACCCAGAGGAAGCUGACUGAAAUUGAAGCUUACCUUAUGCAUGCUGGGAAACCAUGGCGUAAAGGAAAUGGAUCACAUGAAGUCAAUGGAGAUCAAAAACCAUCUGUACCGAGGCAAUCACCAAAGCAUGUUCAAAAAGAACUACCUUCAAAGUCAAAUACCUCUAUAAAAUCAAAGGGAAAAGACAUUGAUGUUGCUAGGAAAUGUUUUAAUCCUUCUGAAGUGAAGAUGUGGGCUGUUGAUGAUUUGAAUAAAACAAUUCAGUGGCUGGAAAGUCAAGAAGAAAAGCCAGAUACAAGUGAGAUAACAAAAAUAGCUGCAGAAGGGAUUCUAACUUGUUUGCAAGAUGCAAUAUGUUCCCUUGAGGAAAAGCAGGACAUCCGGAAAGGAACUGAGGACUGGAAAUUCUUACCACGUGUUGUUGAAGAGCUUGCAAAGUUGGAUGUAGUAGGAAACAAUAUGAACUCAUUGUCAAAGGAAGAUCUUCACAGACAGGCUUUGGAUUGUAAAAGUAUUUAUGAGGUGGAACUAAAUCGUCUAGAUCGUGAUAGGAAAAAGAAAUCAAAGAUAAAUGAAGAACAACUAAGCAAAACUGGAAGAACAAAUGACAAAUCUUCUGGGGCAGUUGAGUAUGAUAGUGAUGAGACAAUUGAGAUGACGGAACAAGAAAUAGACCUUGCCUAUAAGACUUUGUCCACUAACAUCUGCGGUUUAUGAAUGCUAAUUGAUAGUAAUUGUGUAUAAAAUAUUCAUCUUGAUGCUAAAGAGAGUUACUUGGUUCAACUAGUAGUUCGAAUUGUGUUAG